AUGCAAAUUAUGGAUCAUACAAGUAAACUUUUACUAAUCGGGGAAUUAACAAAGCGAAGUACUGAAUUCGAGAUAUUAGACUUUCAAGUAUUGAACUUUAAACGAGUUAUUCUAUUCAAG